AUGAUUCAAGAUAACAUUUCACUAAGAAAAUUAUUAAAGAAUGAAAUUAAGAGAAUAUGUACAUCUGAGUCAAUACCAACAUUUAAAAUAUUAGUGUUAGAUGAAAAGACAAGGGACAUACUAACUGUUUUAUACAAAGUAUCAGAAUUAACAGAGAAUUAUAUUUGUUCCUUUUAUUUAUUAUCAGCCAAUAGACCAGAUUCACAGGAAAUACCAGCUGUAUAUUAUGUAAGUUCAUUUGAGGAGGCGGUAGAAGACAUUUAUAAACUAAAGAAUUAUAGUUAUUAUAUAAGUUCCAGUAAUCAAUUAGCUAGAAGAGAUUUAGAAAAUCUGGCAGUUAAAUUAAAUAGUAUUAAACAAGGAAAUAGAGUAAUUCAAAUACAAGAUACAUUUACAGAGUUUGUAGCAUUACAAAACGAUUUAUUUUCUUUAAAUAUUAAAGAUUCGUUUAUUAAUAGUAAUAUUAAUGAAACAGUAGUUGGACUAUUUUCAGUGUUAACAACAAUAAAUACAUCACCAGUAAUUGUUACUAAUAAAGAUACUAAUAAUUCAGAAGUAAAUGAAGUAUUUAAUUUGUUGUCAAAAAAGAUAAAGAGUACUAAAUUAAUAAAAUCAACAAGUUUUGAUAAAUCACUUUACAUAUUAGUUGAUAGAGAAUUAGAUUUAGUAUCACCUUGUCAUCAUGUAAUGGGAUAUUUAGAGAUAAUAGAUGAUGUAUUUGAUAUAAAAUUAAAUAAAGUGACACUCAAUAAUAAUAAGAGCAUUGAUAUUGAUGUAGACAAUGAAUUCUUUAUAAAAAACAGAUUUGAAGAUUUUCCUAAUGUGGUUGAGUUGGUAGAAAGUGAGGUACAUAAAUAUAAAAAGAAGAUGGCCUUAUCAGAGAGUAAAGAUGCAGAUGAUAUAUCCAGAUUACUUGAAAAUGCACCAGAACUACAAAAGAAUAACGAGUUAGUUAAUACACAUCUAACAAUUUGUACUGAAGCUGUCAAAGAAAUUGAUGAAAGAAAAUUAGAUGAUUAUUACACAAUGGAGAAUAAUUUCAAUAAAGAUGAAAUAAGUGAAUUAACUAACUAUGGAACAGAAAGAGACGUAAUAAGACUUUGUAUAUCAUUGAUAGGAACCAAAAAUGAAGAUUUAAUAGAACCAAUUUUAGAAAAAAGGAAAAUUAAUACAAAAAUUGUUAAUUUUGUUAAAGAAAGAACUAUUAGAGAAAAUACAUCUUUUCUUACCAGAGGAAUCAGAAAUAUACUUUUUAAUAAACAGAUACCAAUUAUCAGUUAUAUAGAAGAUGUAAUUAGUAAGGUAAAAUCAGGGUCAUUGGAUUCUAAUUUUAAUGUAUGCUACCAACAAAGUGAUAUUUUUUGGGGUGAGAUAACAAUUAUAGUUAUAUUUGUUAUGGGUGGAGUCUCAUAUUUUGAAUUUAAAAAAAUUAAAGAAUUAGAAAAGAAACACAAUGUUCAAAUAAUAGUUGGGGGAACAGAAAUAUUAAAUCCAAAUCAAUUUCUUAAACAAAUAGAACAACUUACUUUUAAAAAAUAA